CUGCCUUCCAAGCGUCUAGCGGUCUCCCGGAGAGCGAUUAAUCUUUGAUUUGUCAUGAGAUCUAGCAGACACCGGGCUGUCUAGUGGGAUAUGGCACCCUGAUUACUCCGUUUGGCAUCCAUUUGAGCAGCCAUCCGAAUCCGCUUUCUAUCGUCCGAAAUGCGCGGAGCCAGGUUGCUGGCUUCCUGGGCCCCCGGCGUCACCGCCAGACGGGGUGCUCAGGUAAAUGGGAGCAUACUCAAUGAGCUUUACUUUGGAGCUCGUCCACAUCAAUCUGGAAUUGGCAUCUUUGGCGUCCCUAGCCGUCAAUUCUCGGGCAUCUCGGGUUCAUUACGCAACAACCUCUCGCUAACGUCUGGACUAUCCACCCGUCAAAGUAACGGUUCACGGUUCGAUAUCAUACGGUCGCAAUUAAUAGCGCAAUCUCGGUUCUUCUCCUCUUCGCAACGGUCAUUGGAAUCUAAGCCAGUGAACUCAACGGCUAAAUCUGCUCAAACGAACAACGCCACGGCUCAGGACAAGGAAGAUGAAGACAUAGACAAGGGCUUCGAGCUCUCCGAAAAGGGAGCGCAGGCUGCGCAGGUAAACCUUGCUGCUAAGCUGUCGAAAGACGGAUCUGGUAACAAGAAAGCCGGCUUCAAAGAAAUAUGGAGACUCCUGCUCAUUGCCCGACCCGAAGCUAGAAAGCUCGGGUUUGCUUUCUUUUUCCUGCUUAUUUCGUCAUCGAUCACCAUGUCUGUUCCCUUCUCCAUCGGCAAAAUCAUGGAUGCAGCUACAAAGACCUCUGACGAAGAGGGCGGUGGAAAUCUGCUUUUCGGCUUGAGUGUACCGAUGUUCUAUGGAGCUUUGGCUGGUAUCCUUACACUGGGUGCCGCUGCGAACUAUGGCCGCAUUGUCAUCCUCCGUAUCGUUGGAGAGCGCAUUGUCUCAAGGCUUCGCUCUAAGCUUUUCCGUAAUACUUUUGUGCAAGAUGCGGAAUUCUUCGAUGCGAACAGAGUGGGCGACUUGAUCUCACGACUCGGCUCUGACACCAUUAUCGUGGGUAAAAGUAUCACGCAGAACUUGUCGGACGGCUUACGAGCAGCGGUUAGUGGUGCAGCAGGCUUUGGUCUGAUGACCUAUGUCAGUCUCAAGCUGUCCAGUGUCUUGCUUGUCCUAUUGCCUCCGAUUGGUCUCGGCGCCUUCUUCUAUGGUAGGGCGAUAAGGAACCUCAGUCGCAAGAUCCAGAGAAACCUCGGUACUUUGACCAAGAUUGCGGAAGAGCGUCUUGGUAAUGUGAAGACUAGCCAGUCUUUUGCUGGUGAGAUCCUCGAAGUGAACCGGUACAAUAACCAAGUGCGCAAGAUCUUCGAGCUUGGCAAGAGGGAAUCUUUGAUUAGCGCUACCUUCUUCAGUUCCACUGGCUUCAUGGGCAACAUGACAAUCCUAGCAUUGCUUUACGUUGGAGGCGGCAUGGUUCAGUCAGGUGGCAUCACUAUUGGAGAGUUGACAUCCUUUUUGAUGUAUACUGCUUAUGCCGGUUCCAGCAUGUUCGGUCUGUCUAGCUUCUACUCCGAGCUGAUGAAGGGUGUUGGAGCUGCUAGUCGUCUCUUCGAAUUGCAGGAUCGUGAGCCAACGAUAUCCCCGACGAAGGGCAAGAAAGUUGAAUCGGCCCGUGGUCCUAUUCGUUUUGAAAACGUGAACUUCAGCUAUCCCACGCGACCUGCCGUUCCUAUAUUCAAGGAAUUGAACUUUGAGAUCCCGCAAGGAAAGAACGUUGCCAUCGUCGGUCCCUCGGGUGGAGGAAAGUCAACUAUUGCUUCACUUCUACUGAGGUUCUACAACCCAACCGAAGGACGGGUCCUGAUUAACGGCCAAGACAUCAGCGAGAUGAACGCCAAGUCCCUUCGAAGGAAGAUUGGUGUUGUUGCUCAGGAACCUGUCCUGUUCUCGGGAUCAAUUGCUGAGAACAUUUCUUAUGGCAAGCCACGGGCUACUAGGUCAGAGAUCAUCGCAGCAGCCAGAAAGGCGAACUGCCAGUUCAUCAGCGAUUUUCCCGAUGGACUUGAUACUCAGGUUGGACCUCGCGGCGCUCAACUUUCUGGUGGGCAAAAGCAGCGCAUUGCCAUUGCUCGUGCUCUCAUCAAAGAUCCCGAUAUCUUGAUUCUGGAUGAGGCAACCUCUGCUCUUGAUGCAGAAUCUGAGACAUUGGUCAACAGCGCUCUUGCUGCCCUUCUUCGUGGAAACAACACGACCAUCAGCAUCGCCCACAGACUGUCUACGAUCAAGCGCUCUGAUACAAUCAUCGUGCUUGCCCCUGAUGGAAAGGUGGCCGAACAGGGAACUUACGAGGAGCUUAGCUCUCGUCCUGACGGCGCCUUCACAAAGCUGAUGGAAUGGCAAAUCAGUGGUGGCGAGAACACGCCAGCAAACGCCCCUAUCAGCCCAGCGACAGAAGAGAAAUUGUGGCAGUUGGAGAAAGAGGAAGCUGAAGCUGACAUCGAAGAUGCCAGCAGCGAACGCGAUCAGCAGAAGAAGUAGGAGCGUCCGCUACUUCAUAGAUGUGGAGGCGCCUACCUUUCUGGACACCCAUUUGUUAUUUUCUUUCUUUUCUUCGUUAUCUUGUUUUCAGCAGUGUAGAGUAUAUAGCUCCUGUAUGGGGCACAUAGUACACUACUGUCUAGACAGCUGGGCCGCCUUCAGCUGGAUGUACUAUCUAUCUACGGGAUACCCCAACACCGGGGUGGCUCAGCUUUUGGUGACUGGAUAGAUAAAAUAUAAUACCCAUCUCUACUUUUGAA